AUAGGCCUACAUAGGAUGUCUCAUAGGUGUUCACAGAUAUCUUAAACAACACUUAUGAAAAACAUUGAUUAAUUCACAGCCGCAGACGCUGACUGGACGACUUACCUCCUACCUGCUCACUUGUCAAACUGACUGGCCAUGGUGCUGCACAAUGGUGGUGUUGUGACUCACACUGCACGAACUUAAUGUGGCCCUCUUGAGGACAAAACAGCGUAUGACAAUCAUCUGAAUAACCAGAGCCAAUGCCAAUUCUUUAUUUUAUUUUACUUGUUUAUUUAUGUGGAAAACCCCCCACUUUAUGAGAAACAUCUCCUAGUAAUUACAUUUCAAAAUUAAUUAUAUAGGCCUGUUAACGUCAUUUGGAUGACUAUCUUGGAACUGACAUGAUCUUGAGUAUGCCUAGAUGCAUAAACUAUCUGUAAUAUGAAUUAUCUGAGUGUGAGAUGCGUUGUGUGUCAUGUACAUAUUAAUAUUGGCAUGGUGAUAACACAAACUAAAGUGAGGGGACCCACAAGGCAAUCAGCUCUACAUCAGAUGAACAGACUGCGGAAGUGUGCAAAUGUAGCCUACUUGAGCAACCCCACACUGAUUUCACCAAGAGUGACUGGAACAGGCGUCUGCUAGCUCCUCUUUAAAGAAGAAAAGGUUUCUCUUGACAUCAUAAUGAGCAGUCGAGUGGAUGAUGUUAUUCAGCUUUGCUGUGAGGUCUCGGCCAGCAGGAAGAUGAAAGCAGCCAUGAAGAGCUCUGGAAAGGGAGCUGCAGCGGCUGGUGGAGGUGCUUUUGUAGGGGGAAUGGUUGGAGGCCCAGCUGGAAUAGCUGUUGGUGGUACUUUGGGAGGUCUCUUGGGAACAUGGAUGACAAGUGGCCAAUUCGAACCUCUUCCUGAGAUCAUCAAGGAGUUGCCUCCUAAAUAUAAGGAGAAACUGUACUCUGCUGUCAUGGGUGCAUUGGGCACACUUGACUGGACAGAUGUGGCUGGCCUUAUUGUUCUGGUUAUGGGCAGUGCCACUCUGCAAGAGCAAGUGCUUGCUGCUAUACUCACUUAUGCCACAAAAGAGCUCAAGGCUGAAGUGCAGUAUGGAAACUGACCACUAGAGGGUUAAUGUCACCAGCCAAUGGUUCUCAAUCCUGCAUCCUGUUAUUUUUGUAGGCUACUAGUGUUUCUGUUCCUCUGUUUUAAGCAUAACAUUAGCCUUAUGAAGACAAUUAGUUGCAUAAUGCAGGUUAUUCCAAUAAAGACAAUUCAUUUGUGGCCUGUUCUGUGGUGGUUUGGUGCAGUUAAACCAAUAAAAUUUCUCAUUUUAAAAAGUUAAAA